AUGAUUUGAAGUUUCUCACACCAUGAAAGUGCGAUAAAGGCCAUAUACACUGGUUCUGAGUUUGUGGAAAGUGCGACUGCUGGCGAUGAUGUUGGUAUAGUUUUGGAAUCUACAAGUUUCUAUGCUGAGCAAGGUGGUCAGAUUUUUGAUAUCGGAUCUCUUGAUGGUCCCUUCGGUUCCUUCCAAGUAUGCAAUGUUCAAAUUUUUGGAGGUUUUGUACUUCUUAUUGGUUCUCUUUCUGGAGUUACUGGCAAAUUCUCUGUUGGUGAUAAAGUAACUCGUAAGGUUGACUAUGACAGACGGACAUUGAUUGCUCCUAACCAUACUUGCACACAUAUGUUGAACCAUGCUCUUAGGGAAGUGCUUGGUAAUCAUGUUGACCAGAAGGGGUCUAUUGUUCUUCCUAAAAAAUUGAGGUUUGAUUUUUCCCAUGAUCCAAACAGAGAUGGUGCCAUCAAUGCUGAUCAUUUGAGAAAAAUCGAGUCCAUUGUGAAUGAGCAAAUAAAAUCUGAGUUAGAUGUAUAUUCAAAGGAGGUAACGCUUGCUGAAGCCAAGCGUAUCAACGGUUUGCGAGCCGUAUUUGGAGAAGUUUAUCCUGAUCCAGUUAAAGUAGUGGCCAUUGGUAAGAACGUGGAGGACCUCCUUGCUGAUCCUGAAAACAAAGAAUGGUCAUCCAUAUCAUCGGAACUGUGUGGAGGUAUUUCUUUAUUUAAACAUUUGCUCUUUUAUCUGAGGAGGGAAUCGCUAAAGGGGUUCGAAGGAUAACUGACAAUGGUGGAG